AUGGUAUGGACAUUGUACAGUUCAAGCUGUGAGGAUUUUGCAGCCAGUGGAAUUCGUGUUGGUACACUGUACACUGAAAAUACAGACGUAAUCAGUGCCCUCAGCCAGUUGGCAUCCUUCCAUGGUGUUCCAGGUCCCACGCAACAUAUGGUAGCACAGUUACUACGAGAUCAAGAUUGGAUCAGUCAGGUGUUUUUGCCAACAAAUCGAGCCAGAUUGAAAUCUGCCCACAAGUGUGUAGCAAAUGAACUCACAGCAAUGGGCAUUCCUUUCCUGAACCGGCACGCAGGCUUGUAUAUCUGGGCUGAUUUCAGAAAGUACUUAAAGGAUCUGACAUUUGAAGAAGAGGAAAAACUAUUGAAGCAGUUUGUCAAGAAUAAAAUUCUUCUCAUCAACGGGAAGUCAUUUGGCUGCUGUGAGCCUGGCUGGUUCCGUAUCGUAUUUGCUGAUGAAACCUACCGGCUACAGUUAGGAAUGCAGAGGCUUAGAAAGGUUCUGGAAGAGCAAGAUUCAGAAAUCCAGUCGAUUGAAAAGGGACCCAAUUCUGAUUCUGGGAAUAGAACCAAAAUUGCUGAGGAUGUAAUAGAAAUUGGUGUCCAGCAGUCUCCACCUGAUCCUGCUCUUGAUGGUCUAAUUGGAUUGCUGCGCCAACAGAUCCGAACAACUGACUGGUUACAGAGAAAUACACCUGAGCAGUUUGCUCAGGAGAAUCCAGAAGUUUACGAUGUUUUCUGCAAACUUGCAGAGAAAUAAUCUGCCUCUGUAAUUUUAGGAAAGUGCAUUGAUUGGAGUUCAUUAGUGAUUACUUUCAAAUUUGUAAAAUACUUGUAGCUCGUUUCCCAUGACUUUCCCUUUCCCACAUUUGCUGAAGGGUUGGUAACAUAUCUUAACACUGAAGUGGAACUGUGUGACACUGCUGGUAUUUUACAAUUUUUUUGCCACCUAUUUCUAAUUUUGCCUAUUCACUCGUCCACCUUCCCCAGUAUAUGAAGACUAAUUUAUGAUUGUCCUCAUAUUUUACCAUGUGAUGCUUUCAGAAGUUUCACUACCACAUAUUGCUUUGUCAAUAUUCACAAUUCUGUUAAUUGAUUUUGAAUUAAGAUAGCAGGUACAGGAAUGUGAAGUUUCACCAUCCUUGUGAAUACGAUACAAUAAUACAAUACGCUAACCUGAAUGAUAGCUGAAUGUGAUGGGAUGCUGAGAAAUUCGCUAUAAACUGCUUCUUUAUAUAUCCACUUAAUUAAAGACGUGACUUACCUUCUCCAGGAGAAAUGAAUUAAUCUUCUUAAAAAUACUUUGCUAGUAUUGUCAUCUAUUCACAAAGUUCCCAGACCAGAUCUUUUCAUCACGUUAUUAAAUUGUAUGUAACUCUAGUUCAUAAAGUUGAUUUUUAUUCACGAGCAGGACAAUAAUAAGGAAGAUUUUCUCUUCAAUAGUGCAUUGGGUUGGAUGUCAUUAUUGAUCAUCCUGGCACCUGUGUUGCAAAAUUUGCAAGAGAAUUUCAUUGUUUUUUACUUUGUUAAUGUCUUUGUGGAAAAUUCAACCCAUUGUGGGGCACCAAAACAGAACAGUCUGACUAUUUUAAAGUGUAGGCCCCAAAAUAUAAUAGUAAAGGGAGUGAAUGGUCUCCUUCCCUUCCAUGGAAACUAAUCUUCUGUGUACCAAAACACAAAGAUCACAUGCAAAGACCAUCCUCAUGGACUUUAUAUUAAAAGGACAAGAUAAAUAUUUUCCCAUGUACUAAAGCUAUGAGCUCAUUUCUUAAUGGGUCAAGUUUAGCAAUAAAAUUAAUAUAUAGAUUUGCUUAUCUGUAGAGCUCCAGAUUAAUUAUUUUCGAGGAGAGACGAUAUUGGUUGAAACACAAGACCAUCAAUGUUUUAGAAUUACUCAAAAAAAGAAGUUAUAUCUGCCUAGAAUGAGAGUGAGGAGGGUAGAGCCUUGGUGUCACAAUGAUUUAACUCUUUGCAUGUUGUGAUCACUCUGUCUCUUGUGAUUCCCUGACUUCCUUCACCCCACUAUUGGUCACCUUGCUUUCAACCAUCAAAGUCCUAAUCUCUGGAACUCUAUUGCUAUAGCUCUUUGCUAAUUCUCUCCUCUUUUCAGAUAAGCCUGAAAGAAUACCUCUUUACCAAAGCUUUUGGUCACCCAUUUAAUCUUUCCACCUUUGGUUGGCUGCUCAUUUUUUCUUGAUAAUGUUCCAAUAAAGUGCAUUUGCUUUAUUAAAGGUUCUAUAUGAAUGAAACAUUGUAUUACUGAUAUAACCCUUUUCUGAAGAAGAUCUAGGCCCGAAACGUCAGCCUUCCUGCUCCUCUGAUGCUGCUUGGCCUGCUGUGUUCAUCCAGCUCUACACCUUGUUAUCUCAGAUUCUCCAGCAUCUGCAGUUCCUACUAUCUCUGAUUAUAUUACUGAUGUUGGGAGCAGAAAGCUUUCUCUACUUGCCAGUUUAGUUCUGUGUCAAUCAUUGUAACUUUUUUCAAAUACAUUUACAAUUUCACUAAAUAAAACAAAUGUAGGAAAUCUUAGAGAUAGUA